GCUGCAGAGCUAGGCGAGAUGGCGGCUACCGAGGGGGUCGGGCAGGCUGCGCAGGGCAGCGAGCCCAGUCAGCCGCCACCCCAGCCGCACCCACCGCCGUCACAGCAGCAGCAACAGCAGCACGAAGAAGAGAUGGCGGCCGAGGCUGAAGAAGCGGUGGCGUCUCCAAUGGACGAUGGGUUUCUGAGCCUGGACUCGCCCACCUAUGUCUUGUACAGGGACAGAGCAGAGUGGGCUGAUAUAGAUCCAGUGUCUCAGAAUGAUGGCCCCAAUCCAGUGGUCCAGAUCAUUUAUAGUGAAAAAUUUAGAGAUGUUUAUGAUUACUUCCGGGCUGUUCUGCAGCGUGAUGAAAGAAGUGAACGGGCUUUUAAACUAACCCGAGAUGCUAUUGAGUUAAAUGCAGCCAAUUACACAGUGUGGCAUUUUCGGAGAGUUCUCUUAAAGUCACUUCAAAAGGAUCUACAUGAGGAAAUGAACUACAUCACUGCAAUAAUUGAGGAACAACCCAAAAACUAUCAAGUUUGGCAUCAUAGGCGAGUUUUAGUGGAAUGGCUGAAAGAUCCAUCUCAGGAGCUUGAGUUUAUUGCUGAUAUUCUUAAUCAGGAUGCAAAGAAUUACCAUGCCUGGCAGCAUCGACAGUGGGUUAUUCAGGAAUUUAAACUUUGGGAUAAUGAACUGCAGUAUGUAGACCAACUUCUCAAAGAAGACGUGAGAAAUAACUCUGUCUGGAACCAAAGAUACUUUGUAAUUUCUAACACCACUGGCUACAAUGAUCCUGUUGUAUUGGAGAGAGAAGUCCAGUAUACUCUGGAAAUGAUCAAACUAGUACCACAUAAUGAAAGUGCAUGGAACUAUUUGAAAGGGAUUUUGCAGGAUCGUGGACUUUCCAAAUAUCCCAAUCUAUUGAAUCAAUUACUUGAUUUACAACCAGGUCACAGUUCUCCCUACCUAAUUGCCUUUCUUGUCGAUAUCUAUGAAGACAUGCUAGAAAACCAAUGUGACAACAAGGAAGACAUUCUUAACAAAGCAUUAGAGUUAUGUGAAAUCCUAGCUAAAGAAAAGGACACUAUAAGAAAAGAAUAUUGGAGAUACAUCGGAAGAUCCCUUCAGAGCAAACAUAGCACAGAAAGUGAUCAGCCAACAAAUGCACAGCAAUAACACCAUCCAGAAGAACUUGAUGGAAUGCCUUUAUUUUUUUAAGGGACUCCAAUGAGGAGUUUAAAACUAGAGUGAUCAUUCCCUUUGCCUGUGUUG